AUGCUCCAGCUAUCUGCGCGCCGUCUUGUCUCGCUGCCUUCACUUUUCACUGCACCCGCGAUCGCGACAAGCUAUCUGCCCCCCCCACGACAGCCCACGACACAACCCACGACACAGCUCAACAACCCCGACACCGCAAAGAUGACUUCCACCAUUGGAAUCCCCAUUAAGCUUCUCAACGAGGCUCAGGGCCACAUCGUCACCCUCGAGAUCACCUCCGGCCAGACAUACCGCGGCAAGCUGCUCGAAGCCGAAGACAACAUGAACGUCCAGCUCAAGGACAUCACCGUCACCGCCCGCGACGGCCGCGUCUCUCACCUCGACCAGGUCUACAUCCGCGGCUCCCACGUGCGCUUCUUCAUCGUCCCGGACAUGCUUCGCAACGCCCCCAUGUUCCGUUCCCGCAACGUCCGCGGCCGCGGUGUCGGUAUGGCCCGUGGCCGCGCCACCGUCAGCAGGGCCCGCGCCAGCGGUCGCGGCGGUCGCUAAAGAGGGGAUGGGCUGUUUUUUGUCUUCGUCCUUCCGUCGCCGCCCCGCCCCGAGAAUUCGUCCGUCCCGCCCUCCGUCGUCGACUUUCCGACCGCUUAAACGGCUGCACAUCAACCACGCACAACUACACACGACCAGAGAUGAAAAGAAGAGAGGAGAGACAAAAGGAGAAAACCCCGCAUCGACGAAGCGCGACGAGCUACAAUAACAACGUCCUUUCCCUCUUCUUGCCACGUGAAGAGGCAAGAGCAGUGCGCAUGUCUAUCUUGCCUCCUACGACGGCAGAGGGGCAGAGAAGAGGAAGAAAGAAAGAUGGAAAUCAUGUUGUCAAAUGGGAAAGCGUACCGGAGAGCUCUCAGCAUACCUCCCGGAAAGACGAAAAGUUCCUGGCGUUCACGGUUCACUGGGGAAAGUUCCUUUUUUUCGAUUUUUUUUCCAAGGAGGGUUUAGGCCUAUAGUGGGCGGAAUUCUUGUGAGGCGGCCCCUGAGAAUGAUAUACUGUGUAAAAGAGUGCGCGGCAUGAUACCACAUUGGGCAGAUUACUAGCGGUCGCCAAAGGGCGUACGUACGUGGGUUUUCUCGGCAAGAACCGCAAUAGGAAUGCUAAAAAACCGCCCUCUCGGCGCCCCAAAAGGGUUCUCUUCUGUCUACUUCUUCGGUAUCGAAGCGAGGCAGCGCGUGUACAUGUCUAUGGUGACAUCUGGCUCCCUUUUUUAUUUAUACAUUAUACAGAUGAUGGUACAGCUGUGGCAGAUGAAACCACCUUUUUUCACUCCAAGCGCUUCAGCGCGUCUUGGGCUUUGUCGACGAGCUCCCUAGCCUUGCGCAGCUCCUCGGCGCCUUCGACGGGGUUCCCCUCGCGAGACCCGUCGAGCGCAUCGGCGACACUCUGCUCAACGCCCCGGACGGCCUUGCGGCCCUCCUCGCGCACCUCGCCCUCCCAGUAGGUCCGAGCCGUCUCCCACUUGGUCUGCAGGCGGCGUAGGCUCCACAUGAUGCCCAGAGCCGCGACGGCGCCUGCCUCGUAGACCGACGAGGCGUACUGCGAGACGUACAAUAGGCCGCCCAGCGCUGUGGUAAGGGCCGAGGUGCUGGACGCCUGGAGGACCAGCUUCUGCGCGAGCGCCUGGAGCGCGGGCACUGUCUCCUCGUAGAGGUAGCGGCGCGUAAAGGAGAUGUGCGUCGGCCACUUGGGCUUCUGCGUCACGGCCUUGGCGACGGUGCUCGAUUCCGGGAGCGACUUUUGCAGCUCCGACGUCGGCUGGGCGUACGUGGGCGGCUCCGCGGCGGUGGCGACGCCCGACUCGGCAAUGCGGCCGGUGAGGUAGACGAGCUCCCUCUCGGCGCCGGGGAGGAAGCGCUGGCUGAGCAUGUCGGUCGUAAGCACGCCGACGUCGUCCACCCUCCAGAACAGCUUCCACCAGCCCAGCUUGCGCCACCUCGUGCCCGCGAACGCGAGGUCGAGCUGCUGCUGCAGCUCCUCGUGCGCGAACUGGGACCACUGGGCGAGCCUCUCGUUCAUCACCGCCAGGCCAGAGGACGCGGCCUCCGUCGACAGCCGCCCGGACAGCAGGCGCGACUCCUCGGCCUCGAUCUCCGCCAGGGUGUUGCGUAGCAGCGAGGCGAUGAGAAGCCGCACCGCCGGCUUGGUGACCUGGCCCUCGUCGCUCUGCACGCCCGAUUUGAGCCACUGGAUGACAGCCGGCACGUUGCUCUUGUACCACGAGCGCUCAUACUCCAUCGCGUUGCCGAUAUUCUGGCGAAUGAGGUCGAGCCCCUUGCUUCCCACGGAGACGUCGAUCGGCUGAAACGUCGUCUGCGCAUCCUUGUCGACAGGGUACUCCGGCAGGUUAAUGGCCGCAAGUAUCGUGUCGCGAUAUUCUGCCAGCGGCAGCGACGCCACGGACGCCGCGCCCAUGACGCCCUCGGAAACAACCAGGGCCUUGUGCACCGGCGUCGUAAUGGGCGUAUACCGGCCCGUGUUGGACGGGAUGUCCACCGUAGGCACCAACACAGACUCCUCGACAUCCUGCGCGUAGGCUACCUCGCCCGGCGCCGCAGAGAAGGGGUUCACUUCCAUCAACAGCAGCUCGAUGCCGUGGCCAUUGAGCGCGGGCGACGACACGCCCAAGUCGUGCAGCAGGUUCGUCUUGGAUAUUGUUACCGUCGGCGCGGCCUCCUCGCGCGCCCUAGCGUGCUCCUGUCCGAUGCGCACGACGAGCGGGUGCGUCGGGUCGUGCUGUGCCAGCUCCCUUUCCCACUCCGCCUCAUCGCCUAGCGGGUCAGCGAGGAUGAGCCUCAAAAGGUCUUUCGCCGCCUUGCCCGGCUCCGCGACGUUGGCUAGGGCGAGGAUGGCGACGCGGACGGCCUCCUGGCCGGGGUCUUGCCGGAGGCCCUGGAGGGCGAGCUGCAGGCGGGAGAGGUUCACAUGGUUCACGGCGUGCUUCUGCAGGUCCAGUAGUGUGUCGAUCAGCUCGGCGCGGGGGUUCUCGGGUGUUGCGGCCUCGAGCGGCGCGGAGUCGGUGGAUUGGAAUCGGCGUUGUCUCGGUGCCUUUGUUGCUUCGGCGGCGGCAGCGUACGGGCGGCUGGUAGUAGUGGUGGAUCGUGAGGGAGUGGCAGUUGCCGCUGUCGACAGCGAGCAAAACAAGCAGACUGCGGCGCGCGACGGAGCGCUUGUCUGUUGCGGUAGAGACAGGGAUGAUGCCACACGGCCGGCAAUUGGCCUCAGUGGGAGUCGUGGAGGCAUGGCGUCGAUUGUACGCAGCGGGGUUCGCGUCCCCUCGAUCGUAUGUCGAGUGGGAAGAGAAGUGCUGGUGAAGUUCACCCCGGGAGAUCUGAGAUCUGGGAGAGACUUGUGAGUGAGGUCGGUGGA